AUGACCAGUGUCAAUCCUACGGCUUCACUGACUAGCUGUACUGUGGAAAAAUACCAACCCGGGAAAGUUAUUGUUGUUGGAUCGCACAGGGUGGAAAUACUACAGUAUAUUGCCGAGGGUGGGUUUGCGCAGAUAUAUUCUGUGAAGUUUCUAGAGUACGCCAACGAAUUCGACAGAGAGGAAUCGCCUGGUUCAAAGGAUCAAUUGCAGGUCGGAGAUCUGGCGUGUUUGAAACGAGUGAUUGUCCAGGAUCAAAAUGGGUUAAACGAGCUGCGGAAUGAAGUUAAUGUGAUGAAGAAACUGGUCGGUGCGCCCAACAUUGUGCAGUACUACGAUUCAAACGCUUCGAGGUUGCGGAACGGGACAGACAGCCAGCCGCAGGAAAACAAGUUCGAAGUACUGUUGCUGAUGGAACUGUGUCCCAACAAAUCGCUACUGGACUACAUGAAUCUAAGGCUGGCCACAAAACUGUCCGAACAGGAGAUCUUGGAAGUGAUGUACGAUGUCAGUCUGGCAAUAGCGCAAAUGCAUUAUUUGAGAAAGCCACUGAUUCAUAGGGACAUAAAGAUUGAAAAUGUGUUGGUAGACCAGAAGAACCGGUUCAAACUGUGCGACUUUGGCUCAACGUCCACAUGUUUCCCCAUGGUAGUAACGCACCGAGAUAUCGCUUACUUGACACAAAACAUAUAUGUCCAUACAACCCCACAGUACAGGUCCCCCGAAAUGAUAGACCUUUACAGAUGUCUGCCGAUAGAUGAAAAGUCUGAUAUAUGGGCCCUAGGGAUUUUCCUGUACAAGCUACUGUUUUUCACGACUCCGUUUGAGAGGACUGGUCAAUUUGCCAUCUUGCACUCAAAAUUCGAAUUCCCACAGAACAACUACUCCUUCAAGCUAAUCAAUUUGAUUAUUGUGAUGCUUUCGGAAAACCCGAACUUGAGACCCAACAUUUACCAAGUGUUGCAUCAAAUAUGUCAGUUGAAACAAGUUCCUAUUCCUAUCGCGGACAAAUAUGGACUUGGCGCUUACAAUUUUGACUAUUACAUGCUUUUCCAGAAUAACUUACAAAAAGUGCAGGUCGAUAUGUUUAAUAUCAAGAGGAAACAGUUUGAACACAACGGCCAAUUAGACGAAAGCGAUACAAAAACAUUGGAUCAGUUGUUUAUGAAUACAUUCCAAGUGGUAUCAACGAUGCCCAUUCCCGCUGGGAAUGUAUCAAGGGACGUGGACUCACAAGAAAAUAUCAUGACGAACAAGCCCGGUAGCAUUGGCGAGAAUUAUUACCCAACGGUCAACGAGCUGAACAGAUACAUCGAUGAACACGAAGAAAACGGUUCCGCUGCCGCAGAAAAUAUCCAACAACCGUGGAAUGGAGCGCCAACAGGUGGAGACCCCUUCCAUAUCAGUUCAAGGCCUGAGGAACCGGAAACAAACAGGAUACAUAGAGGGCAGCUUAACAGCUCCAAUUCUUUGACAUCCUCUUCUUCUGAGGAUGUCGAGGAUGCAACGGGGCAAGGUAAACGUGUUUUUGGGGUAGCUCAAUCUCCCAUACCGGGGGCAGCUAGUCCUGUUGUAGAGACGGUUCCUAAUGCUCCGUUGAAACAGUACAAAUCAAACAAUCCAUUCCCCAGGAUGGGCUACGAUCAGCCCGCCGUGAACGUUGAUGCUGGGCCCAAUAGCUCUGCAUUUUUUGCAGAGACAGCAGCACAAUCGUUGUCACAUGCCCGGGCGCAGUCACAGCAACCGCAACCGCAACAGCCACAAGAAAUAUCGCAACACACAAGCCAGCGCUCUUAUGGAGUCACUCAAGAUGCAGCGUCUCUCAUCUACGCGAAUAAAUACGGCGAGGGAGUUUCGGUAGUUCCCCAUCAAAAACAAUACAUUCCCGCCACGAGACCUGCCAUGCAACCUGUUGCCCAAACAUUAACCUCCAGUCAACAACAACAAAUUUCUCAACAAACGCAGUGCGAACAGGUGCAACAACAACAAAAACAACAGCAGCAGCAACAUAUGAUACAACAAGCUCAAGAACAGACGCAACACAUGCAGCAACAACAACAGAACCAACAACAGAACCAACAACAGUCUCAAAUGCUACCCCCACCAGUACCACCUCAUCCCAAGCGCCAUGCACAGGCAUCUGUGACGUCGCAGAGAAGUGAGGGGUCUACGGAAAGUACUGUUAAACCCAAGGAAACCCCUUCGAACAGUAUGUCUCCGCCUCCUAUGGCCCCUCGUCCAAAUCAUCAUUUGGGCGAAUCCCUAAUUGAUUUGUCGCCAACGAAAGAAACUCCUCAGGCGAAACCCAAAAAAAGACCCUCUGACGAGAGCAAAAACACACAUUUUCAGAACAAAAACGAGAAUUCAAGGGUCAGAAGGAGUGUCAGUAUGAGCAGCUCUCAUCGGAAUCCACUUAUAGAGCCACCGACCAGUGAAUCAAUCGACAUAGAUCUCGAUGCAUUGAAACGGAAAUCCCUCGAUGUGCGGCUGCAAAAGAUAAAAGUUAAUGAUUCCAAGAGGGGUCAGUCACCACUAAGUGAGUCACACCGCAGCAGUGGUUCGAAAGCUAGUGGUACUACAGGUACUCAACCGCUUUCUGCUGAUUCGAUAUCAGAUAUUAAGAGGGACAUUUCAAGAGCGCGGCAGUCUCUCGAUUUGGAGCGUGUAAGAAAGGAGGCGAUGGCACAGGAUCCGGGAACUCGAAAGAAGCAUUUGUUUUCGUUGUUCAGGAAUGAGAAGAGGUGA